GUUUUUCUUUUCAUCUUCAAUUUCCUUCUCAUUGUCUCUUCCCAGCUCGAGGCCACUUUUGAGUUUCUUCAUAGUGGGUUGAACGCAGCUGCUGACAUAUUCGCCGCUAAAUUGAGAAGAAGAAUUAUGCUGUAUUUGCAUUUCGUUUUAAUUGGUAAAGUCUGGCAAAAAGAACAAUAAGCGAGAGUGAAAGAUGGGUAGAUUAGCAGUUGCAGUGAUAGUGAGCUCGUGGGUGAUUCCCACAUCAAUUCUUGUCAAUCGAAUUGUGCCUGAGCCUUACAUGGAUGAGAUAUUCCACAUACCUCAGGCUCAACUGUACUGUAAGGGUAAUUUCUGGAGUUGGGACCCCAUGAUAACUACUCCUCCUGGAUUGUACUAUCUUUCACUUGCCCAUGUUGCUUGUUUGUUUCCAGGCAUGUUUUUUGUGCAAAAGGUGUCAUCAUUUGCUGAAUUGUGUUCUACUUCAAUGCUGCGCUUUGUAAAUGGUGUUUUGGCGAUAUUAUGUGGCAUCAUCAUCUAUGAGAUAAUUACUCACUUGAGGCCGACUCUUUGUAAAAGAAAAGCAGCUUUUUUUGCUGUGAUCCUAGCCCUGUACCCCCUCCAUUGGUUCUUCACUUUUCUUUACUAUACUGAUGUUGCAUCACUUACUGCAGUGCUUGCUAUGUAUCUCACAUGCUUGAAGAAGAAAUACUACUUCAGUGCAUUGCUUGGAGCCUUUGCAGUUUUCAUUCGACAAACAAAUAUUAUAUGGAUGCUUUUUGUCGCAUGCACUGGGGUAAUAGAUAUUACUCUGACCCAUCCAAGAAAAAAAGUGAAAGUAGAUGAGUUAAAUGAAUCAGGGAAGGAAACUGGCCGAUUAAUUCCUAACAAUUCUGUCUCAGCAAGCUCAAAUAUGAGAAGACGAAAGCCCAAUAGUGCGGAUGCUAGCAAAUAUUCAGCAACUGCUGCAAAUGGCUCCUCAUCAACCCAGUCUUCAGGUUUUCUUGAUGAGAUUCAGGACAUCUGUUUGGCAUCAUGGCAUAUGAAGUGGAAACUUUUCAUAUCCUUUUGCCCCUUCUUUAUGGUAUUGGUGGCCUUUGUUGCUUUUGUCCGUUGGAAUGGCAGUGUGGUUCUUGGUGCAAAAGAAGCUCAUGCAGUUUCACCUCAUUUUGCACAGAUAAUGUAUUUUAGUCUGGUUUCUACUCUGGCAACAGCCCCACUGCAUUUUUCUUUAUGUCAUGUUGCAAAUAUGUUCCAGUCAUUCUGGAAGAACAGACUGGGCUUUUUUCAGUGGUUAGUGGCUCUUACUGCCGGCUUCCUCUCUGUUCAUUUUUUCAGCAUAGCCCAUCCCUAUCUUGUUGCUGACAAUCGGCAUUAUACCUUCUAUCUCUGGAGGAAAGUCAUCAAAGCACAUUGGUUGAUGAAGUACUUUUUGGUUCCAUUUUAUGUUUAUUCGUGGUCUUCAAUCUUCAAUAUUUUGGGGAAAGUUCGACAGAAAGUGUGGGUUUUGACAUAUUUCUUGGCUACGGCUGCAGUCCUAGUUCCUGCUCCAUUAAUUGAGUUCAGAUAUUAUACCAUACCAUUCUAUUUGUUGAUACUUCAUUCUCAUAUUGAUGAUAAUGAAAGUUGGAUUGCUAUGGGACUGAUGUAUUUGGUAAUCAAUACCUUCACGAUGAUGAUGUUUUUGUUUAGACCAUUCAAUUGGAACCACGAACCUGGGGUCCAGAGGUUUAUUUGGUAGAUGGACUCCUGGAAGAUGCUUCACAUUAUUUUCACAUUUUUAAUUUUUAUCACUCGGGGCUCUGCCUUUGAGAGGUGUGUUUUAGCUUCCAAAACAAUGGAACAAAAUUACUUCUUGUUGCUUUAUGACUCUGGGAUUCUAUCCCGUUGAUCUCAUGAUCGAAACUCCUUGUUCCUUUUUAACUUGCUUGCAAUGAGAAAAAUAACUCAUUGAGAUGGCUGCA